CCCCUACUGUUGAAAGAGAACCUAGGCGCGGGCUACACUAUCAGCCGAGUUUAGGGGUGGGAGUCGAGUCUGAGCUACGGGAGCAUCUUAAUUAAUUAAGUUGCCCGGCUGACUUAUGCUUAUGGUCGUGUUUCAAGCGGAGUCUCAAAAUGUUUCAAAGACAUAACGAAUCAAUCAAGCUGUGAGCGGCAGAAUAAGCUUUCUCUCUGCUCCUUCCCUGUUCAGUUAAUGGUUCCUUCUGGCUUCCCAGCUCUUAUAGGAGGUUCGUCUGCCGCUUGCUGAGUGUCCUUGUUAAGACCGUCCCGAAGCGAAAGCGCAGGCUUAGGCCUUCAGAACAGUAUGGUGAACGUUAUGCAGCUUGUGCGAGACCACUGGCCCAUGGCAUUGGUUCCCCUUGGAUUUGUUGUUGGAUGUUACUUGGACAGGUGGUGUGAUGAGAAAAUGACACUCUUCAGAAACAAAAGCAAGUUAUUUCAAAGGGAAUUGAAACCUGGCGAAGAAGUCACAUGGCGAUAAUGGGUCAAAUGAGAAAUGCUUCCAUGUACUUAAAUCUGCUUCUAUAAGAAAUGUGUGAUUGUGUCAUCAAAUGAAAUGAGGUUUUGUGGUUCCUUUUGUUCCAAUUAUUUGAUUACUGAAAAAAUAUUUGGGUAUUUUCCUAUCAAAGUUGCAGUGUAAUCAUGAAAGACUGCCUCUCUUUCCAAGAACUUGCUCAAACUCUGCUCCCAGGCACACUCCUGUUGGCUGGAUGCUUUUGGCAGGUACUAAAUACCAGGCAAUGUUUGGUGACUGGGAUUGUGGAAUUCCCUCUCCCCUGCUUUAAAUAAAAAAGCCUUGACCUCCCACUUAA